CUGCUGGCCUCUGCCACAGGAGCCUGGGCAGGAGCCACUGGGAAGUCCCCAGCCUGUCUCCACAGGGCACCGGCACAAAGGAAGUUCACCAGAACCAGGACAAGGGAUGAAUUGAGUUGAGGCUGAGGCCAUGGAUCCUGCUAAUAGAGGAACCAAGAAAUGUUCCCUUUGAAAAGAGAAUCUGGAAGAAUUGUAGGAGGGGACAGGAGGCGUGGGAUGACCGCCAAAGAGGUUAAAUAGGUCACCUCAACGCUGGGCACUAAGACAAACAGAAGGACCCACGAAAACCUUCAUCUGGGUUUCUGGUACAAAGAUGUCACUUCAGAUGCUGCUCCUGGCUGCUCUGCUUCUGGGGACUUCUCUGCAGCAUGCGAGCGCUGCUCGAGGCACCAAUGUAGGCCGAGAGUGCUGCCUGGAUUACUUCAAGGGGGCCAUUCCCAUCAGGAAGCUGGUGGCCUGGUACAGUACCUCAGUGGAGUGUCCCAAGGAUGCUACUGUGUUUGUGACUGUCCAGAACAAGCACAUCUGUGUAGACCCCAAGGACAAGCAUGUGAAGAAGGCCAUCAGAUACCUGAAAAAACAAACGCGGUGACCUUCCCACGAGGCAUUUGGAGACUCCAGGGCUGCUGUCCAUGGUCUUAACAUAAAGCCACCUGUGUCCAGUGGAGGCCUUGAGAGCCCAAGAGCAGCCACAAAGCAG